CAUUCCCCUCAGGACCUGUUCAAGGAGGUCCGCAGCAUCCUGAACAGGCAGACGCCUCAGAAGUUCCUCCAGCUGGUGAAGCAGGUGAAGGACUCGCCCAUCGACACGGAGGAGCAGCUCAAAGGAGUCGUGGACCUCCUGUUUGAGAAAGCCAUGGACGAGACCAGCUCAUUGGUGGCCUACGCGAAGAUGUGCAACUGCCUCGCCACGGCAUGUGACCAAAUGAUGAAUGUUUUCUGUUCUUUUGCUGAACCUCUGAACAGAUGGAUCACUAUUUCAACUCUAUGGAAGAUAUCGUCACAGAGGGGAAGACGUCCCCUCGGAUACGGUAUAUGUUGCAGGAUACUAUAGACCUGGUUUCGGAACAUGGCAGGAUCCAAAACCCGUUCAGCAGAUCCACAACGAGGCAACGAUUGAGGAUCAGGAGGAGCCAAGGAGCGUGCAGCAGCCACUGCUCUGCGAGGACACCAAGAUACAGCCAGAUGAUGCUCCAACACUGCAGCCCGUUGGUCUGAGGUCUGCCUCCCCUGGGCUUGUGCUGCCUGAAGCCCCCGUGGCUGCACUCCAGCCCCAGGCCUCUAGUCCUGCACAGGUUCCCACUCCUCAACAGAACCAAGGCUCUGAAGCCAGGGGAACUCUGGAAAGUUGAACGGGUUCAAGCAAGAAGCGGAGGAGGCGCAGGAAGCCCAAUAACCAGCUGCAGACAGCUGGUCUGAGGUCUGCCUCACCUGGGCUUGUGCUGCCUGGAGCCCCCGGUGAGAGUGGGGAAGCUCAGGCCACUACUCCCCCUACAGAACCGGAGCUUCCCCUCCCCGCCUCUCUCAGCCCCCCGUCCAUCGUCUAAGACCUCGUCUCCCUACCUGACGGAGUUGAUGACGGCUGUGUGUCAGGCAGCAGUGAAAGAAAACACCAGCUGUCCUGUGCACGCCGCCCUCCUGCAGAAGGGACUGCCUGUGGUCCUGGAGGACCGGCACUCGGAGAAGGAGCUACAGAUGAAAGCUCUUAAAGAUCUUCAGGAGCUUAUUGUCACCCUCGAUGGGCCCCCAAACCUUCUCCGAAUGUUCUUCACCUGCAUGUGUGACGAGGACGUCAGUUCUGAGGACUCGUGCAUCAAGUCUGGGACAGGCAAAGACCAGGAGCAGCUGGGUAAAGGCGUGGCCCUUCAGACCGUCACAGCCUUCUUCACCUGGCUGCGGGAGGCGGAGCCCCAUGGAAAUUGAGGAGGGGAGACCCCCGGGGGACAGGGCCGAGAAUAACUCCUCCUUACAGCAGGAAGACAUCUGGAAUAGUUUUCUUUUUUCUUACCUUUCUUUUAAAAAGUCAAUAAAAAGUAUUU